GAGUCUGAUCCAAUGGCAUUGAUAUAUGUAGAGACAGAACCAUACUAUGUAGAUGGCGAUCUUAAAUUUCAUAAAGUUUACAAAAACAAAGGUUGUGCUACAUGCAACGGGUUUUCCAGUGAUACGUGUAAUGUGAUUUAUAGUGAAAUAGCUGGCAGUAUGCGACCUUUUGCUCUAACGAUACUUUUUGAUUAUCAUACCAAUACUCUAAAGGUAACAAAUAAAUUAGACAACACGGAAAAUAGAUAUGUUCAGUCGCCUUCCUGUCCAAAAUACGCUAUCUACGAUUUGAGAAUUGAGAAAUGUCGACAAGUUAUCUACCAUCCACCGCUAAAAUGUAUGGCAACAAAAUUAAAUGAAUCCGAGUAUUACGUCACUAAUGAUGGUCUUCUCUACUUAAAUAAUACCCAACGUUUGCUGAACCAAUCAGAAUUCACUCGUGAUUCUCAAGGUAUAAUAAGUAUCUGUGUAAACAAUGGUACGAAUAAUAUAUCAAAUAUCAAUGGAAUAUCAAAAUAUUCCGUAGCUGAGAGUUAUAUCACAUUAGUGGGACUAGUGAUCUCUAUUCCGGCUCAGGUAAUCACUAUUAUAGUUUAUCUCUGUAUACCUGAUCUCCGUACAUUACCAGGUAAAUUACUCAUUAGUCUUUUAUCAGCAUUGUUUGUAGCUGAGCUUCUCUUUCUUAUCUCAUCACAAAUCACUACAUCUCUACUGCUGUGUAAAUCUUUAGCUGUUGUCAUGCAUUAUUCCUUUCUAGCGAGUUUCUUCUGGAUGAAUGUCAUCUCAUUUGAUGCCUGGCACACUUUCUCAGGAUUCACACAACUUCGAAGUAAAGGGAAAGUUACCAAGAGAUUUGUAUUGUAUUCCUUAUAUGCUUGGAUCUGUCCACUUGUAAUAGUAACAGUGUCACUGAUAUUUGAGUAUAUUCCUGGAAAUCACGGACUUUCUCCGGAAUAUGGAAAUGGUAUUUGCUGGACUGAAAAUGGAAAAAGUCGGCUAUGGUUUUUUGUAAUCCCUGUAAUGAUUAUUUUAUGUCUUAAUAUCAUAGCGUUUACACUCACCGCUAGAGGGCUCUAUUUGGCAAGUAAACUUUCUUCGAAAUAUUUACCAAAACAUAAUGAAAUGGAGUUCAUCAUUUGUGUAAAACUAUUCUUUAUCAUGGGAUUAACGUGGACAUUUGCAUUUCUGUAUACGUUUACAAGAAUUGAAGAAUUUUCUCUAUUAUUUUGUAUUUUAAACUCAUUCGUUGGAUUAUUUAUUUGCGUAUCAUUUCUAUCAACAAAGACUGUCCGUCGCAAUAUUCUCAAGAAUUUUGAAAUAAUUAUAAAACCGUCCUCAAAAAAAUCUGUUGAUGUAACUUCUACUCGUAAAACAACACGAACGGAUAUACCUACCAAAGGGUCUGUUAAUUAACUCCGCAGUUUUGUUACGCAAAAUUUGUAUGAAUUUUAUGAAAUUCGAGCUCGCUCGUCUUUCGUUGUCUCUUAUUUCGGUCAUACUCAAUAUCGCCAGGAGAAAGAAGAUUGAAAUGAUGGAUAAUAAGUUAUAUAUUAAAUCUAAAUAUAUGACAGGUUAGUCGUAACUGAAAUGCCUUUCACCAUAGAUCUUCGUGACUGUGAAUCAGCUGAAGUUACGAAGUAUAAUUAAGAACAGUUCGAAAUGAAAAUCCUCGGAUGCCGAUUCGAAAAAACAAAAGAAAAGUCAUAUUUUCUGGAAUCUAUUGACAUUCAUGUAAGAUAAACAUCUUACAAGUGUAAAAAUCAUGUGUCUAUCUCUUUCAGGCCAGUUCUCCUGCUCUUCAAUAUAUUAAAAUUUUCUUGUCCACGUCAACUGUUGAACGGACUCACUUUUUGCUGCAAACUCCAUAUACUUUGUAACUUUAUUGUAUUCUUUUUAUGAGACGCUCAUUUAUUUUCUGUUGACCUAACAUUUUAUGAAUAUGCGGGUUGCUUUUAUGAAAUUCGAGCUCGCUCGUCUUUCGUUGUCUCUUAUUUCGGUCAAACGAUUUGAAAGAUUCAUGCAAAAUUUGCUAAUCUAGCAAUUGGCAUGGAGUUAAGUUUCCUAAUUUAUAUAAUCUCAUUCUCUUUCUAUCUUAUAUAAUCUCUUCCUCCCCACAAAUGUACACACAUAUUGAAUAAUUAUGAAAUAAAAUGCCUUUUGGAAAACGCUUUGAAAAACAUUUAUUGCGUCACAUGUGACGGGAUUCGUAGAGAGACAGU